CAGGCCGAAGAGGAUGUAUAUUGUGAUCGUAUGCGUCGUCUUGGGGCCACCUGGUGGAAAAAUGGGAAGAGAGUGGACCUAUUGAGGAGGGAGCUGAAUGGCCUAAAGGACUCAGAUGAAUACAUUCGAGUUGGCUGGCCAGCGGGGGGUGGUGUGUGGGUUUUACACACAAUUUUCGAGGAAGCAACUAAGAAAGGAGUCGGAUUGAUUCAUAAUGCAUAUAACAUGGAAGAAAGAUGCAAAGUAAUUGAGCAGAUUGGAGGCAUCUUUUACGCGGACCCCAAAGACUGUCCCUGUCUCGAUUUGUCUUGA